AUGUCGACCCGCCCCUUCAACCCACUGCCUGCAUGUCCCCACCCCAUUCAGUGGGAUGUACCAGGACGUAUCACGGAGCUACAGACCAUGAUUGAUGAUCCUACCACAAGUGAGCCCCAGAAAAAAAACCUCCAAACAGCUAUCAACCUGUAUCGUGAAAAUGAGCUCCCAGGACACUUCAAAUGGAUCCAGGAUGGCAAAGUUGUUCCCCAUAAGAAUAUUGAUUUCAAGCGACCAUAUUGGGUUGAGGGCUAUGGGCAGCAGUUAUCCUCACAGGCUAUGGUUCCGAGCCAGGCUUCUCAGCCUAUGUCUGAGAGCCCUUUGAACCAGCAACUCGCUCACCGCACGAGGUACAAUCACUACCCAUCAGGCCAAGCCCCUGGGCAUGAGAUAUUUGCACGAAUUAGGCCAGUUCCGGGUCUCUUAUCUCCUGCUUUCUCGAUAGAUGUCACAUUACUCAACGACACUGGAAGUAAUACCAUGACAGUCUUUGAUACGGAUAUAACAGCCUUGGGCAUCCCUCCAACCUACAUGGGAUAUGGCGCUGAUGUCCUAAUAACAACGGCUGGUGGAACACUCAGGCGACGGCAAAUCUCCGUUGAGAUACAGCUACUGGAUUUGCAAGGCAAUGCUGUGUCUGACUGGAUUUUAGAGGCAGGUAUUGUCACACCAGCAACCGCUGGUGUCACUAGACUCUCUGGUAAUGGCAUCAGACAAUCUCUAUACUUCGCAACUGCGCCAGGAAACCAGCAUCUGUAUGUUGCUGAGAAGAAGAAUAGCAUUAUUAAACAGCCUCCAGUCAUUUAG